AUGGUCGAAACAAUCAAAAUCGAAAAAAACAACAAUACCAAUAACAACAACCAUACUCAUUCUCCUAAUCCUACCUCUCCAAACUCUUCCUCUGUCUAUUCUUCUGCCUAUUCUUCUCCUUCGUCAUCUUCUUCUCCACAUCCUUCCCGUCGCCCCACUCGUUGUCCCCAGACUGGCAGGGUGAGUCCGCUCACUCUGGCAGCCUGGAAUGUUCAUUCCCUUUUAGACAAUCCGAGGAGCAACCGACCGGAACGGAGGACGGCGCUAGUGGCUCGGGAACUGGCGCGCUACAAGGUGGACAUCGCCUCACUCAGCGAGACCCGAUUCUCCGAACAAGGCCAACUGGAGGAGGUGAGUGCCGGCUACGCCUUCUUCUGGAGCGGUCGCCCCAGGGCAGCGCACCGAGACGUGGGUGUCGCCUUCGCCAUCCGGAAUGACACCGUGGGACGACUGUCCUGUUUGCCGCAGGGCAUCAACGAUCGCCUAAUGAGCCUCCGUCUGCCUCUCUGGGGAGGCAAAUUCGUCACCAUCAUCAGCGCCUACGUUCCCUCCAUGACCAGCCCCGACGCCGUAGGAGACAAAUUCUACGAGGACCUGCACGCCUUCCUGGCGACUGUGUUGAAGGCGGACAAGUUAAUUGUCCUUGGGGACUUAAACGCCCGCGUUGGCACAGACCAUGCUACCUGGAGAAGAGUGCUAGGUCCCCAUGGUCUCCGAGGGUCAAACGACACUGGCCUGCUCCUUCUCCGCACCUGCGCAGAACACCGCCUCAUCCUGGCGAACACGUACUUCUGUCUGCCGGAGCGAGAGAAGGCCACCUGGAGGCAUCCUCGGUCGCGUCAGUGGCACCUGCUGGACUAUGUCCUCGUCCGGAGGCGAGAUCAGCGGGACGUGCUGGUGACGAAGGCGAUCGCGGAUGCUGACGGGUGGACCGACCAUCGCCUCAUCAUCUCGAAGAUGCGUAUUCGCCUACAGCCUCGCAGGAGACCACAAGGUAAGCGACCCCCAGAUAAGCUGAAUACUGCCUUGUUGUCUUUGCCCGCUCACCAUCUUCAUUUCGGCAAUGAGCUAGCUCAAAGGCUAGACAACCUUCCAAUCGCUGCCGACGCCGCCGCCGCUGCCGAGAACGCCUCAGUGGAGAACCGAUGGUGUCAACUGCGGGACACGGUCCUGUCGACGGCGCUAGCCGUCCUCGGUCGCGCACGCCGCCAACACCAGGACUGGUUCGACGACAACGACGCCGUCAUCAGCGACCUGCUCGUCGAGAAGAACCGCCUACACAAAGCCUGCGUAGACCACCCCACUGACGACAACAGAGAUGCUUUCUACCGCAGUCGCCGCCACCUAUAGAAACGACUGCGCGAGAUGUAGGACGCCUGGACUGCUCGCAAAGCUGAGGAGAUCCAAGGGUACGCGGGCCGCAACGAUUGGAAGAACUUCUUCUCCACGAUCAAAGCUGUCUACGGUCCGCCGACGAAGGGCACUGCUCCUAUCCUCAGCGCUGACGGUAGUAACCUCCUGACCGAGAAGACACAAAUUCUACAACGAUGGGCCGAGCAUUUCCGAGGCGUCCUCAACCGACCCUCCACCAUCUCCGACGCCGCUAUCGACCGUUUGCCGCAAGUGGAAAUCAACGUGGACUUCGACCUCCCGCCCUCUCCCCAGGAAACCAUCUUGGCCGUGCAGCAACUCUCCAGUGGGAAAGCACCCGGAUCGGACGCAAUCCCUGCUGAGGUCAACAAGCACGGAGGUCCCCAACUGAUGGAUCACCUGACUGCGCUCUUCCAGGAGAUGUGGCGUCAAGGUGAAGCGCCGCAAGAUUUCAAAUACGCAACCAUCGUGAAUCUCUACAAACGAAAAGGGAACCGCCACGUCUGCGAUAAUCCCCGUGGCAUCUCCUUGCUGAACAUCGCCGGGAAGAUAUUCGCUCGCAUCCUCCUCAAUCGUCUGAAUAAUCAUCUGGAACAGGGCCUUCUACCGGAAAGCCAGUGCGGCUUUCGCCGCCAUCGAGGGAUCACGGAUAUGAUCAUCGCCGCCCGUCAACUCCAGGAGAAGUGCCAGGAGAUGCGGACCCACCUGUACUCUACCUUCGUGGGCUUGACGAAAGCCUUCGACACGGUGAACCGUGAAGGACGGUGGAAGAUAAUGCAGAAAUUCGGCUGUCCGGUGCGAUUUAUUCAGAUGUUGCGUCAGCUGCACGACGGUAUGAUGGCGCGAGUCACGGACAACGGAGCUGUCUCCGAGGCAUUCGCAGUGACCAACGGAGUGAAGCAGGGUUGUGUGCUAGCGUCCACCCUCUCCAGCCUUAUGUUCUCUGCCAUGCUGAUGGACGCCUACCAUGAUGAACACCCGGGGGAUCCGCAUCGCCUACAAGACGGACGGUCACCUUCUGAAUGA